ACAGUAAAUAACAAACAAAGUUUUGUUACAAACUAUGUAAUUCAAUUGGGUGCCUACACAAUGACUUUUCAAUAGGUGCUAGUUAGUUACUCACCAACUAAUUAACUCAAGAAAGCAUUAACAUUCUUCUGCAACGUUAGACUAUAAUGACUUUGUAUACACCUUUUUUACUCAUGUUGAGAUAUUUGAAUGCCUUGCUCUUAGGCUAGGAAAGCUCUCCUGGCAAUUUCCUCUGAUAAUACCCUUCUUUAUUUGAAUGCUCAUUUAUAUGAUGAUAACAUUCCAGGGCAUAUCGAUAGGCAAUGGCCUGAUCGACCCAAGGAACCAGGUCGCUCACAGCGAGCUCUGCAGCCUUCUUGGUCUAUUGGGAAUCGACGAUUGUCACAGGCUGCUGAAAAUAGAGAGAGAAUGUAUUGCGUAUUUGGACAGAGGCAGGAUGAUCGACGCUGCUAAUAAAUUCAACGAGUCAAUAGAAUUUAUAAAAGCCAAGAGCGGCGUCAACAUCUACAAUCUGGAUAAGGAUCCGAUGUCCACUGCCUUCCCAUUGGAGGCGUUUGUGAACCGCGCGGAUGUGCGCGGGUGGAUCCACGUGGGUGAAACUACCUUCAAUCUGAACAAUCAGCACGUGUACAACAAGAUGCUGCCCGACUUCAUGAACACCACCAGGCCGUUUGUGGAGGAGCUCUUGGAACAUUACGGGGUGUUGUGUUAUAGUGGUCAACUGGACGUCAUCCUGCCGUACGCUCUGUCCAAGCGAGUGUACUCACAGCUGCGCUGGUCGCGGCGCAAGCAGUAUGAGGACGCGCCGCGGAUGCGCCUGCGCAAGUCCAGCAAUGGAGCAGUUGUUGCCUACCGGCAAAGCGGCGGCAACUUCGUAGACGUGGUGAUCCGACACGCGGGCCACAUGGUGCCGAGUGAGCAACCUGAGCUCUUCCGAUUUGUGCUGAAGGCGUUCAUAGAAGAGUUUAAAUGA